AUGGCGCUUAUUGAGUCGUUACUAUGGUUACCGUUAGCGCUGCUUGGGCAAGUAGCCAGAGUGAUAGAAGCCUUACUAUUCGUGAUGAUAGAAUGGUACGACGUUUAUGUAUACUCGCCUUUACAAAGAUGGCUGUCACCAGUGGUUGCCUCCAUACCACGUUCUUUGACCAUCAACGGACAAGUCUAUGAUGUGUUCACGGCCAACAUCGUCUCGUGGUCACGGACCCUGCUGGUCAUCCCAAUAGCCAUUAGUCUCAAGUAUGAGUAUUCCGUGAUUGGAUUUCUCCUGGUACUACUCCAUGACUUCCUGGAUCACGUGGACGGUAUCGUAGCCAAACAGCACCGUAAGAUGUUUGGACAGGUUGACGAUCCAUUGCUGGGCGGAUUCAUGGACGCGUUUUGUGACAAGAUUGUCAACGUGCUGUGCCUCUGGUCGAUACUGAUAGUGACCGAUUUUGAACCGAUGACUUUUCAAGAAAUGCUUCUGUUAUUGGUCUCCUGUUUCGUCAUUAUUGGAUACGAAUUCGUGAUAGGUGUUGUACGUGUACAGGACUACUUUAGAGUCUAUUAUCAGAGAGAAUACAACCUAGAAAUCACGUCAGACAACACUGUUAACACGGCUGCUGUGAUGGAGGGAAAACUGAAGGAGAAACUGGAAUCCAUGGGAAUAGGUCUCCUGUGUUUAGCCCAGUCCUCAGUGAACACCACCACGUCAGUGUUUGGCAUUGCUGGAAUUCUGUGUCUUCUUUUAUCUGUCCGCCUUGCGCAUGCGUCAUUAUGCCACAAACUAAAUGCCAGAAAAAGUACGAAAACGGUCGUUAAUCAGCCAAACCCCAGAGCCGAGACGGAAGAAAAGAAACGAGAAAAGAGAACGUCGCAAUCCGACGAUAGCAAUAAAACGACAGAGGAGGAAGAGAACAGAAAAUCGGAUGAUGUUAAUCUGGACACGAUUUCUCCCCUAAGAGGAAAACCGCCAACCGUAAAAUUCGACAGGACCACGUCGUAUGAAGAUGACGGAAGUAGCAGUUCCAUUUCGUAUGAGGAAAUCCUGGAGUCUGACCCUCACUUAAAGGAUGUCAUGCAUCGCCUGGUUCGACAGCACUCCGUGCCUUCUAUUGGUCUAGACGGACGGGUAGAUAAAGUCUUUUCUGUUGGGUGUUUUGACCUUUUCCAUGAUGGUCACCGCUGUUUGCUGCAUCGCUUGAAAGCCAUUGGUAAACAGGUUUACUGUAUUGCUGGUACAGAUCCUACCCCAUUCCUGUCCUGUAUCCUAGACACAAAUGACGGGUGUUCUUGUGUUUACAUCAGAGGGGAUGACAUGCAGGCAUUCCCUGCACGAGAGUUCUGUGAGAAGUUAAUGCCUGUAACGUUUCUUCCCUAUUCUUCCGGUGUUUCCUCAACGAAGAUUCGCAAGGAGCAACAUGACUCCUCCAGAUUCGGCCCACACGUCAAAGCAGACCACGAUGACAUCCUGUAUUGA